CACCCCGCCCCCUCCCCAAACUCCAAAAAAAAAAUCCAAAACACACUGCCACCCACCGUGCCCCCGCGCCCCGCGUCCAUCCCGUCCCCGGCCUGCGUGCAGCGAGCGCGGGGAGCCCCCGGCGAGUGUCUGUGCUGUGCCGGGCUGCAGUGUGUAGUCCUACCACACCCCAUGUGCUGCAGCCCAUACCUGUUCAGAGCUGGACCUGAUGCUACCAGCCAUCUUCCUCUCCUCUCCGUUCCCAGCCUGAAAAUGGGUACAGGUACAAGUGCCAAGACAAAAAAGGAAAGUGUUUUUUAAAUAAUUCUGAAAUACAUUCAUGUUCAAAAUUUGGCAUACAGGAAGCUCCUGCCUCACUCUCUAUGUGUCUUUUCUGUUGUAGGACUGGCGUGCCCCUGAUCAGAGUUAUUCUGAUCUGAAGAAUUUGGUGUUUAAAGCAUUAAGAUAAUAGCCUGAGUUGUUCAUGGAGUUUUUCAUCAGUAUGUCUGAAACCAUUAAAUAUAAUGACGAUGAUCAUAAAACUCUGUUUUUGAAAACACUAAAUGAACAACGCCUGGAAGGAGAAUUUUGUGAUAUUGCCAUUGUGGUUGAGGAUGUGAAAUUCAGAGCACACAGAUGUGUUCUCGCAGCCUGCAGCACCUACUUUAAAAAGCUUUUCAAGAAGCUCGAGGUCGAUAGCUCUUCAGUAAUAGAAAUAGAUUUUCUUCGUUCUGAUAUAUUUGAAGAGGUCCUGAACUACAUGUAUACAGCAAAGAUUUCAGUGAAAAAAGAGGAUGUUAAUUUAAUGAUGUCAUCUGGUCAGAUUCUUGGUAUCCGAUUUUUGGAUAAACUAUGUUCUCAGAAGCGUGAUGUAUCUAGUCCCGAUGAAAACAAUGGCCAAUCAAAAAGUAAGUAUUGCCUCAAAAUAAAUCGCCCUAUUGGAGAUGCUGCUGACACUCAGGAUGAUGAUGUGGAAGAAAUUGGAGAUCAGGAUGACAGUCCCUCUGAUGACACAGUAGAAGGCACCCCCCCGAGUCAGGAGGACGGCAAGUCACCCACAACUACACUCAGGGUUCAGGAAGCCAUCUUGAAAGAGCUGGGGAGCGAGGAAGUUCGAAAAGUCAACUGCUACGGCCAGGAAGUAGAAUCCAUGGAGACUCCAGAAUCAAAAGAUUUGGGGUCCCAGACCCCUCAAGCCUUAACAUUUAAUGAUGGAAUGAGUGAGGUGAAGGAUGAACAGACACCAGGCUGGACAACAGCUGCCAGUGACAUGAAGUUUGAAUACUUACUUUAUGGCCACCAUCGGGAGCAGAUUGCCUGUCAAGCAUGUGGUAAGACAUUUUCUGAUGAAGGCAGAUUGAGGAAGCAUGAAAAACUCCACACGGCAGACAGGCCAUUUGUUUGUGAAAUGUGUACAAAAGGUUUUACCACACAGGCCCACCUGAAAGAACACCUAAAAAUCCACACAGGGUAUAAGCCCUACAGUUGUGAGGUGUGUGGAAAAUCAUUUAUUCGCGCCCCAGACUUAAAGAAGCAUGAGAGAGUUCACAGUAAUGAAAGACCGUUUGCAUGCCAUAUGUGUGACAAAGCCUUCAAACACAAGUCCCACCUCAAAGACCAUGAGCGAAGACACAGAGGGGAAAAGCCUUUUGUGUGUGGCUCUUGCACCAAGGCAUUUGCCAAGGCAUCUGAUCUGAAAAGGCACGAGAACAAUAUGCACAGUGAAAGGAAGCAGGUUACCCCUAGUGCCAUCCAGAGUGAGACAGAACAGUUACAGGCAGCAGCGAUGGCCGCAGAAGCAGAGCAGCAGUUGGAAACAAUAGCCUGUAGCUAGAGGUGAUGGGACAGGAACACUCUGCCUGAGCCACAAGACUGAGAUUGCAUUGUUCAUAAUAAAUAAAUGCCAGUCACUGUAUUUUUGUGAAACUUGUGGAACAUUGUACUCACUGGACUUAAGGCAGUGCUUGGUUAGGUAUUUUGAAAACUUUUCAAGGAAAUAACAUUCCUUGGUUCUGACCACUUUCACUGUCUGUCUGGUGUCUAGUAUUAAUGUUGCCAGCGACCCCUCCUUUUUUUUUAUUAUUUUAAUUUGAGAACUGUGUCCACUUCAGAAGUGAGAGACUUCUAUUCCAUUGUUAAUUCCUCUUUACACUUGCUGCACUGGUGUGUGCACUGCACAGAUUGAUAAUUGAAUACAUUGAUUUCCUAAUCGCAAUUACAUGUGACUUGUGGUCAUAACAGCAUUUUUAAUAACUUAAUAAAAGUACUUCAUGUAGACGAAGAAAAUACUGCUGGGUGGUUGACCAAGAACACUGCGCAAAUAUGAAAACAAGUUCUGAAAUUGCAGAAUGGUCUUAGAUUUGGUUAUAUUAGAUUUGUUAAUUUUAUAUCACUGUUUUUGUGCACAAAUAAUGGUUGCUUUGCUGAAAUAUUUCUUUAUUCAUUUUUAUACCUGUCAUCAAGCUGUAGUCCCAGCUCCCCAAGGCUGAACAAAUCCACCAAUGAGCUGGUGGCGUGAGACUGAAUUCUUGCUCUCCUGUUAGAGGCGCUGCCACUCUGCACCAGAUCCAGUCUGUGGGGCGGGCCAGUGGUGAGAGGAACAGAUAAGGGUUAACAGGAAUGGGGCUGUCAAAGACAAGGUUUUCACAUUUGCAACGAUUCCAAGAUUUCUAGAUCACAAUAAUUUGUGAUUGAUUUGAAAUUGGGUUUUUAUUUAGACUCAAAAUUAGGACAGGAACAGGGAUGCUUCUUUAGAUGCAUUUUGUGUCAUUUAACAGAAUAGCAAACUUUUGGGCUCUUGGGAGCAUAUGAUUUAUCCUUAAAGGAGAUGCACUAUCCUUAUUUAAAUGAACAAAUUUAAAGUCUUAAGUGUGUAAAUAGUGUAGAAGUGUUGGUCUUAUGUAUUUCAAGUGAAAGUAGACAGCUGCACUUUUUUUGCACAUUGGAUUAAAAUAACUUCCAUCAGCAACAAACGUCAGACUUUUUAAACUAAUAUUAAAAAUUGUCAGACCAAAUGAUUAUGUUUUUGAAGUAUAUUUCAUCACUGGUUACAGUUUUAAGUAAAAGUUGAUUGCCUUUUUAUAACCAUAAACAGAACUAUAAAUGCUAUUCCAAUUUUGGUGUACAAAUUUUUUUUAAGCAUUUCUUUAGGAUUAUAUUGAAAUAACACAUUUCAAUUAUGUUCUGUAAUAAAGUACUUAGUUAUUUUAGAAUGUACAAUUUUAGAAAAAUGUCCAUCUUUCCAAUUUUUGGUUGCUAGGAUUUUAUUUUUAAACUACAUUAAGGUUCAUUUCAUUGCUGUUGCAUUAACACCUGUAGUUACUAUUGUGGAAGAAAUUUUAUUUUUUUUAGUUGGUAUAUAUGUUAUACCCAAGAUUGCAGGAUGAAGAUGUUAACUUUUUAAGAAAGUUAUUUAUUGGUAAAAUGCUUAGUUUAGUUUAAAGUAAUUUUUUUUAAGAAUUGUUUAUUCUGUCAAAAAGUGGUCCUGUCACUGUGUUUACAUGCUGUAAGUAGAACAGGAGCCAAUUGCCAUUCCUAGGCUUUUUAACCAAAGCAGAGGAAACAAUUUAACAUCUUGUUGAUCGCUACUCAACAAACCUUUUUUUGGUCUUUCAUAUUUGUAUAUAAAAGAAAAUAUGCUAUUAUCAUUCCUGUUUUCAUUUCUUCUUAGCAACUUUUCAUACAUCAGGAUUCCCACCAAAGUGCAUUUUCUAUCCUAUCUUCAUGGUGGUUUUACAGAGUUGCAAGUUGAACUUGUGGUAUUAAUCUUCAUUGAAACCAUAUGGUGGUACCCCUAAAAAGAAACUUUAAUUUUCAGCACUUUAUUUGUAUUAUGUAAAUACCUUUUGUUCUAUUUUGCAUGAGAAAUAUAUUUGUAUUUUAAUGUCUACCACCAGUACUGGGUUCAUAUGUGUGUUAAGGUGCAUGUUUUCUUUGUUUCCUUGGAGGUUGCAAACUAUGACAUGGCAGGUCUCUUGUGUGCUGGGUCCUGGUCAUUCAGACUGCCUGUCAUUCCAGCAAGAGACCUUCAGUAAUCCCCUGGAUGGUGAGGCCUUCAUGGUAGGCAGUUCAAGGAAAUCUCCAAUCUCAGGGUUAAUUCUGAAAUGUGUUUACACUAAAUGCGCAAUGUGAGAGGGAAGGACAAAUCUAAAUGUCAACAUUACUAUCUUUUAUUAUUUAAAAGUCACCUUUUUGUGUUUGUACAAAGAGUGUGUUGAUUUUGUUUGCAAAGUUGAUUUUAACUUAGAUGAUAAAUAGCAUUGUAUUGACCAGGAUUGAGGAAGGGAAAUUUUGAGAAAGGGAAAUUUGUUGCUAAUUAAUUUUCUCAAACUUGGAAUUGUUAAAAAUGAUAGUUUCCUAUCAAGUGAGUAAAAUACUAAACAAAUUUCUAUCCUAUUGAAAAAAAAAAAAAU